AUGGAGAUCACAGCCAAUGGUGUGACUAAAAACUCCCCGGCCACUAAAAUCAGGAGAUAUGCAGAAGGCACGGCUUCUGUUGGGUUCGGUGCAGAAGUCGGUCACGACGAACAAGCCGACAACGAUCUGUCGCAAACUGUCGAAGGGGAUCUAGAUGUUGACGUUGCCGAGCUAAGCCUUGGUCAGCGACUGACAGCACUCUCAGGUGGAAAGCCAACCACUUCAUCUGAAGACGAGGACAGCGAUGGCGGCCAAAAAGCCCCCAAGUCGGGUCGCGAUGCGAAAGCAAAGGCGGAACCGCUAGUGCCCGCGAAUUCGCUGACACGCACACUCAUUCAAGCACUGCACUCCUCAGACGCUAAACUAACCGAGACCUGUCUAUCUCACUCCGAUCCAAUUCUCAUCAACAAUACCGUUCGACGAUUGCCCCCUCAAUUAGCUGUGUCACUUAUCGACGCGUGUGUCGAACGGCUGGGCAGAGGAGCUAGAGGGGCAAAUGUGAAAGGACGUGGGGGUGGUGCAAGCUCUCAACGUGGCGCGGCACUCAUAACUUGGAUAAGAACGGUUUUGAUCAUCCACAGUGGCCAUCUCAUGACUAUGCCAAACUUGAUUGCUCGACUCUCUGGCCUCCACGCGACCUUGACACGGCGGCUUGCACUACAAGAAAGCCUUCUAUCAUUAAACGGGCGACUGGACAUGGUGUUGACACAAAUCGAAAUGCGUUCAUCAGUUGCUCCUACACCUCUUAGCAUCCCACGAGAGAAAAAGGCCACGAAACAGAGGGCGAGGAAGGCGAGACAAUACGUGGAGGGCGAGAGUGAGGAGGAAGGUGUACAAAUGGAUGUUGAGGUGGAUGCCGACAGCGGCGACGAAGGUGGAAGUAUAGAAGAUGUGGAGUUGGGUGGUGGCAGCGACGAGGAAGAUGAGGAAACGUCAGAAGAGGAAGAGGACGAGGACGAUGGAAGUGAAGAAGACGACGAUGAGGAUGAGGAGGGACCGACAUUAAAUGGUUUCAUUGAUGACGAGGCUGAAGAGGACGACGAGGACGACGAGAGCGACUAA